CUUCAGCUACUCUGCUUGCGUUCUAAGCUCAAUAAUAAUCUCACAAAUAGAUUCGUUGUACAACACCAGCAACAUUCUCUAUACGAUUCUUCAAAACAUCCGCCCCAUGUCUUCUGUCUGGAAACUCCGGAAACUCCAAGACCAAUCGAGGUUUCUAAUGCAAACCCUGGUUGCACUUCGGGGCGUGGCACAUAAGUAUGACCGUGAUUUUUUGAUGCUGGAGCUACCACUGCGACAUUGUGAGAUGCAAUGCACAUCCAUUGUCCUGGAUGUCUCUGAAUAUAUCAUGCAACCCGAAAAGAAUUCGAUUCGGAGCUGGGAUAACUGGCGAUACGUGAUAUCCCGUUACAGGUUGACGUUCAGAGUGGUUUUAGGAAAAGCAAGGCUUCAAAACUCUUCUGUGAAUAGCACCGUGCUUCAGUUCUAUCAGCGUCUGAUAGAGGAAGCUAAAAUUGAGUUACAGGAAGAAGUGGACAGGCCUACUCUCGCGGUUCAUCAGCUUCAGACAAUACAAAACGCGGUUGCGCAGGAACAAAAGUCCAUAAAACUGUGCCUUAGCCUCUGCAAUCGUGCUUUGGAGUUCAUCGGGUCUGGGGAAUUUCAAGUUGAAGAGGGCCAUCCAACAGUUAUAUCUUCUAUCACGGAGUUACUUCCUGAAGAACGGAGCUAUGAACUAUGGAUGCUAGACCGCUUGAAGGAGACAUCAUGAACAUUAUGGAGCACAUAUGCUGCUCGAGGAUUCUCAUUUCCUCUAAUAACGAGACUUGCCAUUUACAGUAUACCAACGUCAUUGUUUCUCCUUCGAACAACUUUAGAUGGACCAGUCCACCUCGUAUAAGUCAUCUUUGUUUCCCACAGG